UAUAAAGGCCUGUAGCUUUCAUCCAUUCACAGCACUGAUUUUCUAGGUCGUUGCCUCGGUAUCUAAAAAAAAAAUGGGAAAGAUUAUCUUCUAUGAAGAUCGGAACUUUCAGGGUCGCUCGUAUGAGUGCAACUCAGAAUGUCCUGAUAUGACCUCAUAUUUCAGCCGCUGCAAUUCCAUUUGUGUGGAAAGUGGGAACUGGAUUCUAUAUGAGUUCCCCAACUACAGAGGACACCAGUACUAUCUCAAUAGAGGAGAAUAUCCUGAUUUUCAGCAGUGGAUGGGAUUUAAUGAUUCUGUUAGAUCAUGCCGUCUAAGUCCCCAUCACCAAGGGUCCUUUAGAAUGAAGAUCUAUGAAAGGGAAGAUUUCAAAGGUCAGACGAUGGAGGUCACUGAAGAUUGUCCCAAUGUCUACGAGAGAUUCCGUUACAAUGACAUCCACUCCUGCCAUGUGUUUGAUGGUUACUGGAUGUUCUAUGAGGAGCCCAACUAUAGAGGACGUCAGUAUUACUUGAGACCUGGAGAGUAUAGAAGAUAUACUGACUGGGGUGCUUCAAAUCCAAAAAUUGGCUCUUUUAGAAGAGUUCACCAUUUCCAUUAAUCUAAGUGAAACAAAACUUCAAUAUUGGUUUCCAUUAAAUAAAGUAAAGAAACCU